CAACUGAUCGCCAAAAAUACCCAAAUUGACCGUUAAACAUCGAUAAAUUUCAAAGCUUUUCAAAUCUAUCGAUACUUAACGAUGAGCUUAUACGCCGCUAAUUGAAAGCCUCGCGAUGUAAACAAAAACCGUAAACAAAAAUAAAUCCAAGGGGUUUAAUGGAUCCAACGCUAUUGAAGCUUGCACAGCUGCUUCCCCGCUUAGAUGAUGUCGAAGACCUACUUGAGAAUGAAGUGGAGGCGCGGUAUAUUCUUAAAAAAGCAAUAAGCUUUAUGGAGAAAUGGGAAUCUUACAAACGCCACGAUGAUGAAGAGAUCCGGUACCUGGUCAGUGCCCUGGUGGACAGAAACUGGGAGCGCAUACACACAGGGCACUUUAGCAGUGUCCCCUUAAACAUAAGGAAAAUAUAUGCCAUUGGAUGCUACUUUAAAAUAUUUUUCCUUCUUCUUGAGAGCACAAGUCCUGCUCAACGGGAAAUAUGCAGUGGAAUCCUAGAUGAGGCUCAGCUCUUGGGAUGCAUGGAGGAUUGGAGCGAUCUGAAAAUGGCCUUAAUGCAAUACCUAGAUGAGGAACAAGUGGAACCCUCGCGGCCAUUACCAAUCCUGAUGCCAUCUCCUCGACUCCAAAGCUCCUGUGAUAUUCCCCAAUUAGAGGCCCCCAGCUUAAACGAGUUCAAAACUAAAUGUUUUGAACCACGGCAACCCACUCUCUUGCUUAACACCAUCCAGCAUUGGCCAGCUAUGGAAAAGUGGUUGGAUCUGAAUUACCUGCUCAAAACAGCUGGAAGCCGUACUGUACCCAUAGAGAUUGGGUCCAACUAUGCCAGCGAUGAGUGGUCCCAGCAGCUGGUUAAGAUUCGAGACUUUCUGCAGAGGCAAUUUGGAAGUGAAAGCGGAAGCCAGGAAAUUGAGUACCUUGCGCAGCACGAACUCUUUUCACAGAUACCAGCGCUUAAGAAGGAUAUAUCCAUUCCGGAUUACUGUACAAUAAGUAGAGAUGAUCCUCCUGGAGCGGUAGAUAUAAAGGCCUGGCUGGGUCCAGCGGGAACCAUUUCCCCCAUGCACUAUGAUCCAAAGCACAACUUGCUGUGCCAGGUUUUUGGCUCCAAGAGGAUUAUACUUGCCGCUCCUGAAGAUACAGAGAAACUGUACCCCCACGACAGCGAAUUUCUGGGAAAUACAUCCCAAAUAGAUGCUGCAAAUCCCGACCUUGAAAAGUAUCCUCUGCUAAAAGAGGUUAAGUUCUAUGACCUGCUCCUACAAGCAGGAGACUGCUUGUAUAUGCCGCCAAAGUGGUGGCACUAUGUGCGAUCUGAAGCCCCUAGCUUCUCAGUUAGCUUUUGGUGGGAAUAGGUGAGUGUAUUGCUUAUCAGCUCAGUACUCGGGAGGUACUUCACAUGAACAUGUUUGCCCAAAGUUCGAAACCUAAACUGAACAUUAAAAGCCAAAAGCGAGUUAGAUAAGAUUUUUAUCUUGAUAAACAAUGUUAAAUAAAUACUAUUAUGCCAUAGAUAGAAUGCA